CAGCCUGGUGAACAUCCUGAUCAUGUUGUGGUCAUCAAGUAUGUGCCGUAUGUGGGAGAUAGCAAGAGAGCCAUGGACGAGUACACAUCGGAGAUAUUUAUGGGCGGAACCAACACCAUCGUGUUGCACAACACAUGCGAGGACUCAUUGUUGGCUGCUCCCAUCAUCCUUGAUUUGGUUCUCCUCGCCGAGCUUAGCACCAGGAUCCAGCUCAAAGCUGAAGGAGAGGGAAAGUUCCACUCAUUCCACCCUGUGGCUACUAUCCUCAGUUACCUCAGCAAGGCCCCUCUUGUUCCACCAGGCACACCAGUGGUGAAUGCAUUGUCAAAGCAGCGUGCAAUGCUGGAGAACAUACUGAGGGCCUGCAUUGGCCUGUCCCCUGAAAACAACAUGACACUUGAAUACAAGUGAAGGGAAAGUGGAACAAGCUUUGGUCCUUGUAACUUCAGGCCCAUUUC